GAGAACAAGCUCGGUGACAUCUGCUUCUCCCUUCGCUAUGUUCCGACCGCCGGCAAGCUGACUAUCAACAUCUUGGAAGCCAAAAAUCUGAAAAAAAUGGAUGUCGGUGGACUUUCUGUAAUGAGUUCCCCCUCAUUUUUCCCCAUUUUAGAUCCAUAUGUAAAGCUUUCUCUUAUGCUCAAUGGGAAGCGAAUCAAAAAGAAGAAGACUACUAUAAAGAAGUGUACUCUCAAUCCAUACUACAACGAAUCUUUCGCUUUUGAGGUGCCCUUUGAACAAAUACAGGUAGGCUUAGUUUACUCUCAUUAUGGCCAUUUUACCAAAAGCGCAAACACUUGUCUAUAUAUAUAUAUAAUAUUGUGUUAA